UCCAACUCAGUCAUCAUGGCUGAUCAUCCAACCGUGAUCUCCAUCUGUUGUGGACAGUUCAACAACUGAAUUCCUUGCUAGACCGGAAACGCAAGUUUUCUGAUGGACAGUUAUUGUGGUUUUUACUCUGGCACCAGCAAAGCCCACCUGCUGCUUCGGGAGUUGUGCAGUCAGAAUUGAGCAACAUUUUGCAAAACAUUUAUGUACUUUCUUUCUUCCCUUUUAGGACUUUGAUGGAAGUUUCAUUUGAACUGAGAGCCAAAGCAGAUCAAUAUCAGUAAGAUUGCAAAGAUGGCCAACUUCGCACUCACUUGCACAAAUUCAUUCAAUUCCAAGCCACGAUGCUUUCUAAAAUUGCUUCUCGUGUCAGUCUUUUCACUGUGCACUGUAUAUAUAUUUUGUCCCAGGGCCUUUUAUCGAGAAAACAACAUGUCAAUAAUAUUGGGAAGGAAUCUUUCCAAACAGUUGGAAAAUAUGGCCAUCGUGAAGACCACCAUUAAAGAUUCAAACUGUGUCCAGAAUGAAGACUAUGAGGUACUCAAAGCCAUCAGAUCUUCUAAAGGCAUGUGGACAAUCUCCCCAAUAGGGAGGUUUGGCAAUCAGAUGGGGCAAUAUGCAACAUUAUUUGCUUUAGCCAGAUUAAACAGAAAGCAAGCCUACAUUAUCCCAACAAUGGCCAAUUAUCUGUCUCAGAACUUCAAGAUCACACUCCCCACUCUCACACAAGAGAUUGCGGACAAGAUUCCUUGGAAAAACUACCAACUUUCUGACUGGAUGGAAGAAAAGCAUAAAAAAAUCUCAGGAGAUUAUAUAAAAUUCUCAGGAUACCCAGCUUCUUGGACUUUCUACCACCACAUCCGUGAAGAAAUCACGCGUGAAUUUUCUUUUCAUGAGUUAAUUGCAAAGGAAGCCAACUUGUAUUUAUGGAACAUAGCAGCACAACGCCAAAAUGUUACGUACAUUGGUGUUCAUGUUCGAAGAGGAGAUUACGUGCAUGUAAUGCCCCACGUGUGGAAAGGUGUGAUUGGAGAUAAGAGCUACUUGGAACAAGCCAUGUCCUACUUCAGGAAUAAACAUAAGAAUGCUUUAUUCAUAGUGGUAAGCAAUGGAAUCAAAUGGUGUCGGAAGAAUAUAGAUGCCUCUAAAGGGGAUGUCUAUUUCUCAGGAGAUGGGAAUGAAGCAAAGCCGCAGAGAGACUUUGCCAUUCUUGCUCACUGCAACCACACCAUAAUGACCGUUGGUACGUUUGGAUUCUGGGCUGCUUACCUUGCUGGUGGGGAGGUUAUCUACCUUUCAAACUUUACUUUGCCAAAUUCACCUUUCUUAAAGGUGUUUAAGUAUGAGGCAUUCUUUCUGCCGGAAUGGAUUGGAAUUGCUGCUGAUCUUUCACCUCUUCUGGUCAAAAUACCAUAACAAUUUAUGGCAUCUUGGAUGUACUCUAGAGUUUCAUCCAGAGAACAGUCAAGAUUAAAAAUAAAGCAAGAAUUUCAUGCCUCUCCUCCCCAGUUCUCCCAUUAUAGCAUUCUUGAGUCCACCAGUCAAUCCAUUAAGUUAUAUCAAAUAUAUAUCAAUUUGCACUAUGUAAUCUUUCUAUUUUUUAAAUUUACUGUUUACAUCUUCUCUGUUUAGCUCCUAAUUUCUCAUUCAGCUGCGAAGUAAUAAUAGAAACAUAGAAACAUAGAAAAUAGGUGCAGGAGUAGGCCAUUCGGCCCUUCGAGCCUGCACCGCCAUUCAAUAUGAUCAUGACUGAUCAUCCAAAUCAAUAUCCCGUA